AUGCUGGAGCAGAUGUCCAGACGAAACCGUUCCCUGUUGUCCCUCUCCCUCACCUCACUGGCUCUCACCUUGUCCGUCUCGGCUUUCUGCACCUCCUACUGGUGUGAGGGAACCCACAAGGUGGUGAAGCCGCUCUGUCUGUCACCAGUCAAGAUGAAGAACUGCGGACAGAACAACAGCCAACCGUACACCACAGAGACCCCCACGCCAGACCCCAGGAGCCCGGUCUCCAAUGUGACACUCUCGCCCAUGCAGAAGGAGGAGCUGGCCAGGAUCAGGAGGAAACAGCUGGCCAAUGCUGUCCAUUAUAUCUGGGAGACGGGCGAGGACAAGUACAUGCUGCGCUACUUCCACACCGGCUUCUGGCUGUCCUGUGAGAAGCAUAAUGAAGGUAAUGAUCAGGAAGAAAAGUGUCGCAGCUUCAUUGAGCUGACGCCGGGAGAAACUCAAGGCGUCCUCUGGCUGUCAGUCAUCAGUGAGUUCAUGUACAUCGGUCUCCUGGCCAUGGGCUUCCUGCUGAUGUGUGUGGAAGUGAUUUGCCUCUGUGCCAAGAGGGAGAUGAACGCCCUCAAGAUCAACGCCUACGCCGCCAUGUGCACUGUCCUCUCAGGCAUGAUGGGGAUGGUAGCUCAUAUGAUGUAUACCACAGUGUUUCAGAUGACUGUCAGUAUCGGGCCUAAAGACUGGAGACCACAGACCUGGGAUUAUGGAUGGUCGUUUGCCAUGGCCUGGCUCUCCUUCAGCUGUUGCAUGGCGGCUGCCGUGGCCACACUCAACUCCUACACAAAAACCCUCAUUGAAAUGAAGCACCGUGCCCGUGUGAGGCUAGAAGAGGCCCACGCUGCUGCCCGCGCCCCCUCCUAUGAGGAGGUGGUUCGAGCUGGCAGCGGGGUUUACUCUGUCAGCCAGCUGAUUCAGCUUGGCCAGCAGGGGGCACUCAUGGACCCUCUGUGGCCCCGAGGAGCGGGCCCAGCCGUCGGACCGUUGGCGUGCAGUGCUGGAGGUGCACUGCUUGUGGGCGGGGGAGGAAUUGGAGUUGGAAAUAUGGGAGCUGUUGGGGUGGGGAUGGGAGGAAUAAUGGGAGGUAUGGGGGCAGUAGGAGGUGUUGGAGUUGGAGGAAUGGGUGUGGGAACAAUGGGAGCACUUGGAGGGGUCGAAAUUGUUGGAGUGGCUGGAGGAAGGCUGGUGGACCCUCAUGGCAUGGUGGUGGUGGAGGGAUGCGGCGCUGAGGGGUGUGAAGACUGUGAACGGGAAAUGGAUGAGAUAGAUUACGCUCUGCAUGAUGAGAGAGAGGACUCACUCUGCUAA